UUCGCUAUCAUUCGCUCUUAAGACUUGCUUCUUCUUUGGUUAAGUGCCGCUGUUUGUAGUAAUUACAUUAGCUUUUCUGCCUAAUUGUCAAAUCAAAAAGGAUAUAAAAGUUAAAAUUUUACGUAAAAUAAAUAAAUUAUAAAUAAAUCGAAAAGUUUACUUAACAUUCACUAAAGUUGUUUAAAAGUUUCGAGAUAUUAACGGUUGACAACGUGAUAAUAAACACACUCAAAAAGGAUUUCUAUCGUCCUGUUGGUGCUACUAUAAUAAGAAAAAGAUUUUUCAAUAAAAUUACAAUUUUGUGAAAAAUUCUAAAGCUGAUUAAGACACAAGCAGUUCUAGAAGUUAACAGAAAUUGGAGAGCAAGGAACAAAAUAAGCAGUGCAAAGUGUUAUUCUAAAGGCUUAUUUCCUACAACACGAGCGAGAAUUCUAUUCUUUAAAACACACACAAAAAGUAUCUAAAGUGCUUAAUACUUUUAUAAAUUUUUGAAUUUUUUAAUCUUCAACUUACAACAACAACAAAAAACUAUAACAAAAUGAUGGCCGUAGCUGCAGCACAAAAGAACCGCGAAAUGUUCGCUAUCAAAAAAUCAUACAGCAUUGAGAAUGGUUAUCCAUCACGCCGCCGCUCUUUGGUAGAUGAUGCACGCUUCGAAAGUUUGGUAGUCAAGCAGACCAAACAAACUGUUUUGGAGGAAGCACGCACCAAAGCUAAUGAUGCCUCUUUGGAAGAAUGCAUUCUGCAAGCCAAAGGCGAGCACGUUCCAGCUGAGCAACAGAUUGAUUUGCAAAAUGCAGAAAAUGUUGAAAUUCCCGCUGAUCUGGAAGUGAAUGAUGAACAAGAUUUUAUUGAAGACAAUGAAACCUAUUUCCAUGCUGAAGACAAUUCCUCAGCUCAAGAGGGUCAUAACAAUACUGAACAAUCCAACAACAACUCUGAUGAUGCCGGCUUAACUGAAGAUGAAAUUGUUUUGGCAAAUGCUGCUUCUGAAUCAGCUGAAGCUGAGAAUGCCAUGCAAAGUGCUGCUUUAGUGGUACGUCUUAAGGAGGGCAUCUCCUCAUUGGGUCGCAUACUUAAAGCAAUUGAAACUUUCCAUGGCGCUGUACAACACGUUGAGUCACGUCAAUCACGCGAACAAGGUGUUGAACACGAUGUACUCAUCAAAUUGGAUAUGACACGUGGCAAUUUGUUACAAUUGAUCCGUUCACUACGUCAAUCUGGUAGCUUCAGCAGCAUUAAUUUGUUAGCUGAAAACAAUAUCAGUGUUAAGGCACCUUGGUUCCCCAAGCAUGCCUCUGAAUUGGAUAACUGCAAUCACUUGAUGACCAAAUACGAACCAGAUUUGGAUAUGAAUCAUCCAGGUUUUGCUGACAAAGUCUAUCGUCAACGUCGUAAGGAAAUUGCUGAAAUUGCUUUUGCUUACAAAUAUGGUGAUCCAAUUCCAUACAUCACUUACACCGAUGUCGAAGUCAAGACAUGGCGUUCAGUAUUCCGUACUGUUUUGGAUUUGGCACCAAAACAUGCUUGCGCUGAAUAUCGUGCCGCUUUCAAGAAAUUGCAAGACGAGAAAAUCUUCGUUGAUGAACGUUUGCCACAAUUGCAAGAAAUGUCUGACUUUUUACGUAAGAACACUGGUUUCACAUUGCGUCCAGCUGCUGGUUUAUUGACUGCUCGUGACUUCUUGGCUUCAUUGGCUUUCCGUAUUUUCCAGAGCACACAAUAUGUGCGCCACGUUAAAUCACCAUACCACACCCCAGAACCUGAUACAAUUCAUGAAUUGCUUGGACACAUGCCACUCUUAGCUGAUCCCAGCUUUGCACAAUUCUCGCAAGAGAUUGGCUUGGCUUCGUUGGGUGCCUCUGAUGAAGAAAUCGAAAAGUUGUCCACUAUUUACUGGUUCACUGUUGAAUUCGGUCUCUGCAAGGAACACGGUGAAGUAAAAGCUUAUGGUGCUGGUCUCCUCUCCUCAUACGGCGAACUUUUGCAUGCUAUCAGCGACAAGUGCGAACAUCGUGCUUUCGAACCAGCAUCCACCGCUGUACAACCCUAUCAAGAUCAGGAAUACCAACCCAUCUACUAUGUGGCCGACAGUUUCGAAGAUGCCAAAGAGAAAUUCCGUCGCUGGGUAUCCACCAUGUCACGACCAUUCGAAGUACGCUUCAAUCCACACACUGAACGCGUCGAAAUCCUCGACUCAGUUGAGAAAUUGGACACACUCGUACACCAGAUGAACACCGAAAUUCUACAUUUGACAAAUGCUAUUGCAAAAUUGAGGCGUCCAUUCUAAGCUCAUUCUAAGGUCAUUUACCAAAAAAA